GCGGUCUCAAAGUGCCGGGCAGAAAUUGGAAAGCAACAUGUGGGGCGUAGAGCGCAGUGUGUGGUGUCCGAGCGCCAGGGAGGAGUUGGGACAGCGAGAUGUCGGCAAAUUCAAUGUAAUUUGGAGUGCCUGGGCUUGGGAGGCGGUCUUCAAGUGACAGGCAGAGAUUGGAAAGCAACAUGAGGGGCAUGGUGCGCAGUUUUUUGCGGCGUCGGCGUCCGAGUUCUGGGGAGGAGUCGGAACGGCGAGAUGUGGACAGAUUGAAUACAAUUUGGAGGCGAGGAGCACCGACUGAGAGUGCACGGCUGGAGGAGGCGGUCUCAGAGAGUGCCACCAGCCAAAGAUUUGCAGAGAGGAAUCUGUACAUUUUGCGCACUUUGUGCAUUUUUCUUUACCCCUCUCCUGGAGAGAUCCCUGCAAAGGGGCGGUAAAGAAUAUCCCCCCGUGAUGUUGUGUAGGGGGCAAUGUCCGUCCCUGUCGCUCGUGUUCUCCUUCACGGCCAAGCAGACAGGUUCUCCUCUCCUCUUGCCUCCUCAUUAGAUGAUGCAUAAAACUGUCUCAAAUAUCUUUACUAUGACAACCCUCAAAUGUCAGCCCUCAAGGGUCAGCCCUCAAGUGUCAGCCCUCAAGGGUCAGCCCUCAAGGGUUGUGAAUUGAAUUUGCGCUUUGUGGUUGUUGACGACACUCGAGGGCUGUAUCCACCAAAUUUCAAGUCUCCAAUGGUCUGGAAUUGCCGGGCAUGAAUUUCAAAGAGUGCGGUGUCGAUUAGAUUGCAGAGUUUGGGUGCAGCACGGAAUGAGCUUCCGCAUGGAUUGAGGAGGGCGGUCUCAAAUUGUCAGCAAGGCAGGUAUCUGGAGACCGGCAUUUUGGAGAGCGAGAUGUCUACCUACAGGUGGCGCAGUUUGGCGGAGCACGGGUUGAAGGGGAGGCGGUUUCAAAGUGCCAGCCAGGACUUUGCAGAGCCGCAUUUUUGAGAGUGAGAUGUCGUCGAUGGCAUGGCGUGCACAGUUUGCGGGGGAGCACGGGAUGAGCGCAUGCAUGGGAUGGAGGAGGUGAUCCCGAAGUGCGGUGCCGGGCACUGCGGAAUUUGGACAGGGAAAUGUGUGGAGUCUGUGGACCUAUUCCGCAGUCGAUGGUCUGGAAGUGCCCGGGCGAAUCUUGCAUAGCGAGCUGCGUGUGUGGACACAUUGCCCAGUUUGUGCGCAUUUGCAUCCCAUCAUCAGAACAUUUUCUGUUGACGACAACUUCAACCUGGGAGCAAGAUUGAGAGACCACCUGCUGGAAAACGGGUCCAGCGUUAUGGCAGAACACAGAUUGAGAGAGGAGCUUUAUGGAGGCUAAUGGCAGAACAGACGGCCGAGAUCUUGUAGGCGCUCGUUAGAUUGACAGCCAUGGAUUAUUUUUUCUGAGGCUGGAAUCUUGCAAACACUCACCACUGCCAGCUGACUGUCUUCAGUGAGAAAAGUGAUUGAUGCUAGUGAAACUUAGAAAAGAACAUCCUUCCUAUGUAUGCCCUUAGAGAUAACAUCCUUCUUUGUGCAAAUGUCUCUUGCUUGUUACCUUCUCCCUUCUCUUCCCAUUACAGUUUUGAGAGAAAGUUGCUUUUUUGGUUUCGGCGAGGCGGGUGGUUGAGCCGGAACCCUAAACCCUAAACCCUAAACCCUAAACCCUAACCCGUGUUUCGUUAUUAACUUAUUGUAGCUUAUAGU